AUGGGGGAUGUUCCUCUAUAUUACUUCACUUCCACAGCAGAGUUAUUGGCAGUGAAAGACCAAGCGGUUGAGUAUGACUGCAUUCACCCGGAGAAGAAACAGAAGAAAAAAAGUUACAAAAACUCUGGAGUUGUGAGGAUCAGGUCUUGUACGAUUGAAGCCGAGUAUUCGUUCCUGGAUUACGUCAUGGGAGGGUGUCAAAUUAAUUUCACAGUUGGUAUUGACUUCACCGGGUCCAACGGGGAUCCCAGAUCCCCAGAUUCCCUACACUACAUGAGUCCCAGCGGGAUGAAUCAGUACCUCACAGCACUCUGGUCCGUGGGACAGGUGAUUCAAGAUUAUGACACAGAUAAAUUGUUCCCUGCCUUUGGGUUUGGAGCCCAGGUCCCGCCAAACUUUCAGGUGUCUCAUGAAUUUGCGCUCAACUUCAACCCCAGUAGCCCUUACUGCCAAGGCAUAACAGGGAUCGUGGAAGCCUAUCGUGCGGCUUUACCACAAGUGAAGCUGUACGGACCCACCAACUUCUCCCCCAUCAUAAACCACGUAGCCAGGAUUGCGUCUGGAGGAGCACAGCAGAACACAGCAGGUCAAUAUUUUGUUCUGAUGAUCAUCACUGACGGGGAGAUCACUGACCUGGACCAGACCAGACAAGCCAUUGUGAACUGCUCCAAGCUGCCCAUGUCCAUCAUCAUCAUUGGGGUUGGAGAGGCGGAUUUCAAAGCAAUGGAGUUUCUGGAUGGAGACAAUGGUGUUCUGAAAUCUCCGACUGGAGAGAGUGCUGCCAGGGAUGUUGUGCAGUUUGUACCUUUCAGAGAUUUCUUGAAUGCCCCUCGGGAAGCCCUUGCCCAGUCUGUGUUGGCUGAGGUGCCCAGCCAGGUUGUUUCCUACUUCAAGAUGCGUCGGCUGGCUCCAGUGCAGCCCCCAAAGCCUCAGGCGAAGGUGACCCCCUGAACCAGAGGAGCAGGAUCUUUUCUUUCAGCUCUGCCUCCUCGCUGGAGUGAAAGGGAGGGGCAGCACUGCCCUGUUAGACCAAAUCUCAUUCCGGAAGUUGCCACUUAUUUUUUCGAUAUUUUUGUUUAGUUUAAGACAAAAAGAAAAGUACUACUUUAAAAUUGUAACUGUAUUAUAACAAAGAUGAAGCCAAACUAACAGAAUAGACCAGUAGUGUAAGUAUUACAAUCCUAGAAAAAUGCACUUUGGAGUUUCAAAGAAAGCGUGCCAGUGUGUAUUUUAUUAACAAAGACCUGUGUUUACAAUAUAAACUUCUGUCUUUUCUUGUAUUCAUGUUUUUUUUUCAUGUAACUUCUAAUAGAAGUGAGUAUCAGCUUAGCGUGCACUAAACAAUUGCGCUUACAAUCUUUUCCUACUUUUUUAAUGUAUGUAAACUACUGGCCGUGAUGCUAGUAUCUGCAAACUGUAUAUGCAUGCCGGUCUGCACCUGCUUAUAGUUUCCAUAGUUUUUCUUUCAACUGUGCAAUGUGAGAAAUGUCAGCUAAUUGUAGAAUUAUGCAUGCAAGUUUUUUGAGCUGUUAAGCCUUACUGGAAUUCCGUAGGUCAUGCUGUCCUGGUUCCGUCCUGGCUGUCCGUCAUGUGCUGUUAAAGGUGAAACUGUUUAAUGUAGCCUGUGCAUGUGAAGUGUGGCUUUGGCUGCAUAACCAUGUUAAAAUAUAAUAAGCAUUUCAUAUUGAAUGCAUGCUUAUGAUCUGGGUGUCAACAACCUCUGCAUUGUGCUUGAACCACUUGAGAGCUUUUUAAGUGUUGUGAACCCCUUUUUCCCCUGGGUAGUGCUGUGGUAGCAACUUGGUUUAUCUGAGAUCGUUCCUGUCCAACAGCAUAGGAGCUUGCUGUUAAAUAUGUAGAGCUAGGGUGCUAGGUUUACAGGAUGAAAACAAAUCAAACUGGAACCAUCUAACUUGGGAGCAGCUGCUCUACUACGCCUCUUAAAAGGCAUUACAAUGACUUCACCUUUUAGAGUCUUAAAAAAAAACAAAAAACAGGCAAGAUGUACAAGUUAUGAUUCCACAGAGAAGUCUCUGAAGCAUCACUGAAAGCAUCUGGUUCUGUAUCUGGCCUCUUGCUGCAGUUUGCCUGUUUUCUCACGAUGUUGGCGUUUCUGCUGUGAUGGUAUGAACACAAUGAAGUGGCUGAAGGAGAGUUGUGCUCCUGGGCAAGGUCUUCCUGAUGUUAUUCUUGGAAUACAAGUGUAAUUCAUAGAUUUCUGUUGAGUAUCUCCUGUACAAACACACUUUGAUAUGAAGUAGUUUUUGCACCAAAAAUGAUAACACUAGUAAUGAUAUGCAUUGUUCUUAAAAUGCAGAUAUUCUGCUUAAGUGCAGCUUGCAAAUCUAAUGUCUUAGAUAUGCUGCUGUUCUUAUAGUACUUACCCUCACCCCCACAUUGUUGCAAAUUCAGGAUGUACAGUAGUGAGGCACAAAGCAAGUGCUGAUUCAUUAGUGCCCGGCAGUAUGAAAUGAAUGGCUUGUACUAACUUCUUGUUGAAGUCCAGGACCGUGUUGCUUUUGCAAAUUCUUCAGAUUUAGGAUUGGGAUAUUUUGGAACUUCCUUUGGAGGGAUUAGGGAUAAAAUGAAGUUUCUGAUUUUGAAUGCUUCAUCCCUGCCCCCUACUAAAGUAGAGUGUAAUUUUACAACCUGCUUUGAAUGCAACAGAAUGCUGCUAUAAAAAUAUAUAUAUAUAUGUGUAUCAAUAAAACAAAAACCAUGUA